AUGGAUUCUGCAUCUUUUGCCCAGCCACAGUUCAGAGCAAUCAUGGAAGUAGGAUCUCACAGAAGUGUGAGGAGCAGAACAGGUGCUGUUGGGCUGGAUUCUGUUCUGGCAAUCAUGGUAGUGAUGGGGGAACUUUGGCCUGGAAUCAUGGACUUGCUUUACCUUAUUUGCAUGGGAGCAAUAUCAGUAGAGGUUCUAGAGAUGCUUGGAAUGUGGGUAUACAGGGAUAUCAUGAUACAUCUAGUGGCUGAAGUUCCACAAAUUACCUUCAACCUCCUGUCCUUCACCGGCAACCAUUAUCUUCAUUAUCCACCACCACCACUGCUGCAAGGAGCAAGAAGCCAUUUCCACCCUCAAGUAGUGGCAUCUUCGUAUAGACUUGCCACAAUUAGUUCACGUGAUCCUCUGCCUCCUCAGGUUGGUGUAGAGGCAGGGCCCAGGCAUCCAGGUCCUGUUCCACCUACUGGAAUUAGGAUAUACCCAUCUCAUCGAGGGGGAGUCGCACCUGAGGCAACAUCGAGACAUGGUAAUCUUCCUUACUUGAGAAUGCUCCCAGCAGAAGUUGUCAUACUAGAUCUUUCAGCAUUUUAUGAAGUAGGGGAAGUAAGCACUGGGUUGUCAGAGGAAUCCAUCACAAAUUGUCUAAAAACUAGAACUUAUAUAUCUUCAAGUUGUCUCAAUCUGAAAGAGGCUGCAAGUAUGGAUCAGGAAAAUGAUUCCUGCAUUAUAUGCCAGGAGGAGUAUCAGAAUCAUGAAAAGAUUGUAUUUCUUGAUUGUGGGCAUGAGUACCAUGCAGAUUGA